AAUAAUCUUCAGGUCACGUGAGUAAUGGUUUUAGUCAUGGCUGACGACUGCAGGCGACAGGGCUUUGAGUUGGAGAGAAGAAUAUUUGAGUUGGACAUUAAGUGUUCGGGUCUCAUCGCUGAAAAACAAGAUGAUGACUAUUUAGAGAAUGCGUCUUCCAUACUAGACAAGUUGAAAAGCUUUUACAGACAAGGAGGGGAGAGUAGCAACCUUUCCAAGCUGCUGCAGGAUUACACACAGGUCAUUCUUGACAUUACAUUUUAUGAAGAGAAUAAGCUUGUGGACCAAGAGUUCCCAGAGGACUGUUCUCCAUUUAAAAUCCAACAAUUACUGCAAGACUUGACAGAGCCAGAAAUUUUGGCAGGGAAACUAGCACCAGCACAAGAGGUGCAGUCUGUUUUGGGCCUGGAACUAUUAGAAUGUCUCUACUGGAGACGAGGAGCUUUGCUCUACAUGUAUUGCCACACUCUUCAUCAGCGUAAACAGUGGAUCAAGAAAAACAAGGAAACAUUUCUUAAGUGUAUUCAGGAAGGUGUGCGCUACCUGAUGCGGAUGCUGCAGGUGAGAAACUCUGUGAAACUCAACGAUGGAGUGGUACUCCAUGACCCUGCUACUGCCACUUUCCUGUCUGAAGGCAUCUUCUCAGACACACAUCUGUUGACAAUGAUGUAUAUCGGGGAAAUGUGUUUCUGGGCAGUGAAAUAUGAGGACUGCAGUGCCGAUACUAUGGAUCACAAAGAAGAUCGUCUCCAGUUCCGGGACAUUGGCACACAAAUCCUCAAUAAGUAUGUGUUGGUCUGCGAGGGCCCUCUGCAGGGCCAGGGCUGGAACACUGAGAAUGCCAAGGAAAUCCUUAGUGUGUUACAGUGAACCAAGAUACUUCGACACUGAAGUUGUCCUAAGGCUCAGAUCUAAGAUCAAUUUUCAAAUGUAAUUCUCCCCACCCCUGUCAAAAGAGGGGGAAAAAAAGAAAGGAAGAAAGUGAAAUGAAACAGGUGGGGUGUAAUGUUGUGAGAAGCCAGAGGAACUACAAUAGGUCAGACACGUUUUCUCUGCGUGUACAGGUGACCUCAUUUCAUGCCAAAUGACUCCAGUGUCAGCAGCUGAAUGAGUGAAGUUUUACUAUAGGUGGUUUCGAACGGGUAUGGCCGCCAGGGGGCGGUGUUCAGAAAGAAGUCAUUUUGCCCUGUCCUGCUGAAAAUGCAGUUAUCUUGCUUCUAAUCUAGACUGUUGGCUCGGGCACAGAAUGUUACAAUAACAUUAAUAUAAAAAAAGUUAUGAACAUAGUUGACAUUUCCUUUUUUCUAAAAAAAUUGUUAGUGAUAAUCCAUUUGAAAAGACAUUGCACAGUAACAUUUUAUUUAUUGUUUAAUUUUGCUUCUAAUAUAAAUGCAUAUGUAUACAUUAUAUGUAUGUGUGUUAUGUACACACAAAGGCGCAGUGUUGAAAACCUGACUGACGUAUUCAUGACAAACUGACACAUAUUGAGAUUUGUUUGUCUUGAGCGUUUUAAUGCUCCGCUUAUGUUCCCAUCAAUUGCAAUUCAUUUUCCUGCCACUUGAAUAACUUUAAUAGUAUAACUAUUAAUAGCAUCUGUGUUUGGAUGAAAACCUUAUUUUAUUCUUUACUGUCCUCGUUGACAAUAAAUCCACAUUUUAUGAGACAUUUGUUUAAUUCAUAAACAGGCACUUUUUUGUGACAUUCCACCCAAAAUUGUCUUGCAAAAUGAAACAUUUGAAUGUCACUUUAAAUUGGAGAUCUGACUGGUUGGUUAACUUGUUCCAGAUUUAUCUGUUGACGUUGCGAUUUGAAUAAAAAAUGUAAAAUGA